AGUAAUGGAGGGCCUUGGCAUGUGUUCCUGGGGUAAAUGCUGGGAAACUUCUUUAUGGAUAGCUCCUGAGUAGUAACUGAUGAGUGAGCUUUGCAGCUGAAGAGUAAACCACCUCACACUGUGUGGCUGAUGCUCCGGAUAAUCAAAAAUGGAAUUGGUUUGGCUCCAGCCAGCGUCGAGAAGUCCAGGCCUAGGAGAGAAACUCCAAUUUGUCUUUCCUGUGGGUUUCGUACAGGGGGUUGAGGGUGAGCCUAAGCUGUUGGUGUUGCCUCUCUAGGGUUUUUGGUAUAACAAAACACACAACAGCGCUGUCAUUCUGGCACCUUUGGCUCUUCAUCUAAGCAGUUUUAGAGCAGCUUUUUCUCCCGGUAUCCUGUGAGGGGACAUCCCUUCCCAGUUUCUUCAAGGAGCAGCUGCAGUUGACAAGUUAUCUUUCUUCAGCAACCAUGGAAGUUUCAGGAUAGGGAAAGAGCAAUCGAUUCUGCCUGCUGUGGAAAUAUAAUGUUAAGUAAGAAGCACUUCUUUUAAGGCAUAGAUACUCCAAUAUGUUAGAUUUGGGCUUAAAGUGAAUGUCAGUAUAGUUUUUAUAAAUUAAAGCCCUCAUGUCUGUUUUGGCUGAUAAGGCUGUGCUCCUAUCUCAGCUCACCCAUUUUGUGCUUGGCGAUAACUUCAAAUAAACUUUCUUGGGUAGUAAAUAUGGUGUAAAUAAGGCAUGUUGUGGCCCCUCUUACACAUUUGGUCUUUAAAGAAAUAUUUAAGGUAAAGAUCCAUAACAUGGUGGCAGUGCUGGAAGUGAUCUCCAGCCUGGAGAAAUACCCCAUUACCAAAGAGGCACUUGAGGAAACAAGACUUGGGAGGCUUAUCAAUGAGGUGAGGAAGAAGACAUCCAAUGAGGAACUUGCCAAACGUGCCAAGAAGUUGCUGCGGAAUUGGCAGAAGUUGAUAGAACCUGUAACCCAGAAUGAAGCGGUGCCAAGGGGGCUGCCGAACCCACCUGGAUCAGCAAACGGUGGUGCUCACAACUGCAAAGCAGAAGCGCAACUUCCUGCGGUGGCUGGAUCGAAGCCGAUCAGCGACUUGAAAAGCAGGAAUGAUAUCCAGAAACUAAAUUCUCCCAAAACAGAGAAAUUAGGGAAUCGGAAAAGGAAAGGUGAACACAGGGAUGGGCAUCAGGGCCCUCCUCCCCCAAAAGUCUCCAAAGCUAGUCAUGAAGUAUUACAAAACUCUUCGCCCCCUCCAACCAAUGGAAUUGGAGGCAGUCCUGAAAAUUUUCCUAGUCCCGUAGAUGUAAACCUACACGCAGGGCCUGAAAGCAGUAGGACAGAACUCAGUGAAAAUGAUAAACACAGUAGUAAGAUCCCAGUAAACGCUGUAAAACCUCACACCAGUUCUCCAGGACUUGUAAAACCUUCAAGCACUUCCUCGUUAUUAAAGACUGCAGUGCUUCAGCAGCAUGAUAAAUCGGAAGAAACCACAGGACCGCACCAGCCCAAGAGUCCUCGCUGUUCCUCCUUUAGCCCUAGAAAUGUCAGGCAUGAUACUUUUGCUCGGCAGCAUACGACGUACUCACCAAAGGAUUCGAUGCCCAGUCCAUCUCAAAGGUCUCAGUUCUUAGAUACUGCACAGGUGCCAUCGCCACCACCAUCCUUGAUGCAACCUUCAACACCUCCCAUGCCAGCGAAAAGACUGGAGUUCUCUCAGCAGGCGGUAGCUGAGGUGUCUCAGCACUGGCCGGAGCAGCAGGUACCUUCGGAAAGCCAGCACAGGCACCCAGCAGGGACCCUCCAACAGCACACAUCUCCCAGCUGCAAAACCAGCUCCCACCCUGGGGAAUCUCUCACGCCACACACAGGCUUUUCACAGGACACUUCCAAAAUGGACAGCGAUGAUGCUGCUUCAGGUUCCGAUAGCAAAAAGAAGAAAAGGUACCGACCCAGAGACUAUACCGUCAACUUGGAUGGGCACGUGACAGAAGGGGGUGUGAAACCUGUGAGGUUAAAAGAGAGAAAGCUCACUUUUGAUCCCAUGACAGGACAGAUAAAACCUUUAACACAGAAAGAUCCUUUGCAGGUAGAAAUCCCUGCGCUUACCGAGCAGCACAGGACAGAAACGGAAAAGCAGGAGCAAAAACCCAACCUGCAAAGCCCUUUUGAACAAACGAACUGGAAAGAGUUGUCCAGAAAUGAAAUAAUUCAGUCCUAUUUAAACAGGCAGAGUAGCUUGCUGUCUUCAUCAGGAGUACAGACUCCAGGAGCUCACUACUUCAUGUCUGAGUAUUUAAAGCAGGAGGAAAGCACUAGAAAAGAGGCUAGAAAGACUCAUGUUCUAGCUCCUAACAGCAAACCUACAGACUUGCCUGGGGUCACGAGGGAGGUCACAAGUGAUGACCUCGACAGAAUAUGUGAACAUCACUGGCCAGGCGUGAACGGUUGUUACGACACACAGGGUAACUGGUAUGAUUGGACACAGUGCAUAUCUUUAGAUCCACACGGGGAUGAUGGUAGAUUGAACAUCCUGCCUUACGUCUGCCUAGACUGAGUUCCAGGUUUGCUAAACACAAACAAUGCUUUUUACAUCUGCAGUUAGCAAAACCGGCAGACACGAUGCCACUUCCAGAUGGAGAAAGCUCCUGUCCUGAACAAACAGGCCCAACGAGCAGAGGGUGGGAGGGAGCUGGUUCGUUCCAGCUCUGUCCUUUAAAUUCUCCUUUUGUGAAAUGCUGCUACCAGUUUACUAACAAUUGCAAAGGAAGGCAUACGAAGGUUGAUCCAUUGAGUUCAAAACUCUUUAUAGCAAGCCAGCUAUAAAAAAGUGUUAGUCCCCGAGAAGGAAGAGGAUUUCCAGCACUUUCUGAAUGCCGGAAUCUGAUUACAGGCAGGUACAGAGAAAAUUGUGGAAGUUACCUUAACAAAAAUAUGCAUCUAUUUAUUUGACUUGAUUUGGGUUUUUAUUUGGCAGUGAGAUAUUGGAGAGACAAUGUGCAAAAACUGUAGUUUUAUUUCUGUCACAUCUCUGAACAUGAUUGCGUUGGGGGGGGGUUUUGGUUUUUUCCAAGUCAUGUGGUACGGAGAUUGGGUUUUAAACAGCAGGUGUUGCACUGCAGGCUGGGAGCCCAGCUUCAGCUCAACAUUCCAUAGGCAUCCACAUAUUUUAGUCUGGUUUCAGUUUAAAUCCAGUCUCUGAGAAAUGCUGCAAAAACUAGAUGUUGAAUGAUAUUUUUGAUCCCACCACCACCAGCCAAAUAUUUUUCCUCCUUUUCCCUUCCUGCAAACUUCCAGGAAAAAGAGAAAAAAAAAAAAAAAAAAGGCAAAAAUCAAAAAAAAAAGGGCAAAAAAAAUUAAGAAAAAAAAAAAGAAAAAUCACCUUUUCUAGAAUCUAAAUGUAAUGAGGGUGCUACAAGUUUGUAACUGUACUGUGAGAGGGAAAAAGGAAGCCUGUUUGUAUGCUGGAAAUAUACUUGUUACCAUUCCUUUAGAUAUUGUUUGCCUUAUGGAUAUCCAUCAUAAACGCAAUUUGCAAAAACAAAGAGCCUUAGUGAAUGUACAGUAACCAGACUUCUGUGUUCCUGGGAUGCAGAAGGGAGCAACUUUGCUAUUUGGUCCUUUAAGUGGACACAUUGUGAUAUAAAUGUGGAAAUAAAAAAAAUUUGCACAAA